AUGGCAGCUUCUUCCUUCCAGCCAGCGUCUCCGUCACGCGGAUGGGCUACCACACGUGAACCACAAUGUCAGUAUGCUCGGAGAAGCGCUCUGCCAGGACCGUUGGGAUUCGCGCGUACUGUGGAACUUCCUGGCCUCGGUGUUGUAACUUACGGACAGCUUGUGAUAAGGAGCAUGCAACAACAGGUCAAAGAACUACGGGAGGACUGGGCGUCUGAAGCUCUGUUCGUGGCGCAGUCUCUAGGAGUCGAGAUGCUACGCCGGGGGACUCCUCUAUCAGCGGCAGAGAUGCAGAAAGCGAGCUCCCUUGCCCGCAACAAGUUUCGGGCGCGCUCAGGGAAAGGCUGCAACUCGCCGCCAAGUUCGAGGGGUGGGCCGCCCAUGUACGAGAACUGA